GCUUUUUGUUCCUUUUUUACGUUUUUAUAUAUCGUUUUGGAAUAGAUAGCCUGCGACAUUUUAAAAAAUAAACAAAUGAUAAUCUGUAUUUUUAAAAUCGGGCGUCGUUUUGCGUGUGUGCGUCUUUUUGCAAUAAGGCGUAUCGCUUCCUUGCAAGCCAUCUCUGCAAAAAAAAAUAAUAACUGAGGGAUUGGGUUGUUCCUGAUAGUCGGCGCAGCUUCCAUCUUGGAUUGGUGAGUGUGUCCCGCUUUUAAGGGCGAAGAUCGCUUUUGUCUCUCGUGGUUCGGUAUCAGAGAAAGGCGUUGCAUCUCCUUUUAAGCCACUGAGAGUUCAGUUAAAAAAUACGCCUGCGGGGAGGAGGGAGGGGAAAGGCGUAGCAAUGGUGAUUCCCCCCCCCCUUUUAAAAAUAUUUAUUUAUUUAUCUUUUGUUCUCUUCAGCAGUAACGUUUUAGAUUUCACGCAUAUUUCUCUAGCAUCUAAAAUAAGUAAAUUACAACAACCCUGUAAGGUAGGCUAGAGCUAGUCUCUCUACAUUUCCCAUGUUAGGGGAACUUCUCAAGCCUGCUUCCCUUCAUGUUGAAAGACUUUUAACUGGUUAAAUGAAACAAUAUUGUUCCUUUGUUUAUUAAUUACCUGCCUUUAAGCCUAAGUGGACAGGGCGGGUUACAGCAUUAAAAAAAAGCAAUAUUGAAAAACAAUUCAAAACAAUAUGUCGCUAGACAAUCAGAAUAGAUAGAUAUGAACAAAAGUGUGGGGGGGGGGUUCCCUCUGUUUCUCCAGAUGCUGCUGCACUCCAGCUCCCAUCCUCCCUGACCAUUGGGCAUGCUGGCUGGGGCUGGGGGGGGGGAGUUUGGAGCCCAACAAGGUGCAUACUUCAUUGUUCCUGCUAUCCAAGAGCUUCUGGUCAAGGUGCUAGGAAAGGAAAUCGGUGGUGGGAUUUGCCAACCAGCUUUAAACACCUUUGGAGAUUGGAAUGUUUUGUUCCUGCUCCUGGAGGAGGUCUGCAAAAGGCUAUGCUGGGUGAAUUUCUCAAGAGAGGGAGUUACUUCUAGAGUAGCGGCACCUCUACCAAGGGCUGUAGCUCAGCAGUGAAGCAUGUGCUAUGCAUGUAGAAGGCGCAUAGGGACUUAGGGCUGGGGAUGUCGCCUGCCUGGCUGAAAUCCCCAGAGAGCUGCUGGCAGUAGACGAUACUAACACCCCCUCCAACAUUUCUCUGAUGAAAAUAGAGGACUUCUAUACAGUGGUACCUUGGUUCUCAAACUUAAUAUGUUCCGGAAGUCCGUUCCAAAACCGAAGCGUUCCAAAACCAAGGUGCGCUUUCCCAUAGAAAGUGAUGCAAAACGUAUUAAUUCGUUCCAGACUUUUAAAAGUCCACUACAAUAACAAUUUAACAUGGAUUUUACUAUCUAACGAGACCAUUGAUCCAUAAAAUGAAAGCAAUAAACAAUAUACUGCAGUCACACAAUCAAUCAAUCAGUGGCUGAACUGGGUUCCACACAGUCAACAAAAAAAGAGCCUCAAAAACAAAAAUGCAAAAUAAAUAGUAAAAGCAGACAGAUCUCAGCGUAACACGCAAAACGGAAGUGUGUCACUCAAAUCGGAAGCGUAACACUCAAAACGGUGCAUAUUCGGCUUCUGAAAAAAGUUGGCAAACAGGAACACUUACUUCUGGGUGUGAUAGGAAUGUUGAGGUCUUAUGUAUAUGUUAAAUGUUCAUAAGUGUACCAACCAAGCACGUACAUAGAUCAGCACAGGAAGACCGACCUGAAACCAUUUUGAUUCCCAAACUGAGCAAAUGAUUUCUCUGCAAGGUCAAAGUGGGAAACCUCCCCAUUGUCUUUUCCUUCACAAACCUUGUCUUAAGGGCACAUUUAAGAUAUGAAUAGGGUGUGAGCUUGUGACCUGGCCCAGGAACUAAGUAUUUAUCAUUACAAAAGACUGGCCAGGUUCCCCAGGCAAUCCAAUCAAGUAACCUGCCAGACAGGAGAUAAACAACAACAGGAGAAAAACAACUUUCAAAUUUCUGUUUUAGACCACCUCUUCUGUGAUGUAGGUAUGAUGUAUAUGGGGUGGUGGUCUUGAGCUACACCCCUUCUGUGAUGUAUGAUGUUUCUGGGGGUGGUCUUGAUCUAAAGGGUAGCAAUUUCAAAAGUCUAUAUAAGGCCUUGCACGCCAUUGUUCUGGGUUCCUCCUCUCUCCUGCGGGUGAGUGAGGACCCUGUUGCAACAGAUCAAUAAAGAUCAGGCUGACUAGCUGCUUUGUUUCUCAAUAGUCUCUGGUUGGCCUCUGUUAUUUUCUCCUACCAAUAGGGAACCUAUGUCAGGACUCUAUAUGGGCUCUUGGAUACCCCAUAAGGGAAAAGGGCAAUUUUUGUUUACAACAUGGGUUUGCAGUGUUUGGGUUCCAAGUUGUUUGAGUACCAAGACAUUUGAGAACCAAGGUACCACUGAAUUGUUAGCCUCUUGGAGGCAGAUCUGACCUAUCUCUCUUAGCAAAAUGCCAUGAGCAUGAAGUAGCACCAUAAGAAAAUAACUGGGGCAAAUGGAGUCAGCAACAAAAUAAAAUAAAAAAAUUCCUUCCAGUAGCACCUUAGAGAACAACUAAGCACACGAAAACUCAUACCAAUAACAAACUUAGUUGGUCUCUAAGGUGCUACUGGAAGGAAUUUUUUUAUUUUGUUUCGACUACGGCAGACCAGCACAGCUACCUACAUGUAACUAGCAACAAAAUAGUGUGUGAAGAGCUAUGGUGGAGGAUUUCAGCCCCACUGUAUGGCCCCCCUCUAUACGCACCCAACCCCAUUUAUUUACCAUUUUCCUGCUCCCAAGAAUCAGUAGGAUUCUCUGGCCAUUGCUCCCACUCAGUGGUGUUGUAAACAAAUCUGCCCUUUUUCCCUUAUGGGGUAUCCAAGAGCCAAUAUAGAGUCCUUAUGUAGGUUACCUAUUGGUAGGAGAAAAUAACAGUCCAACCAGAGAAUAUUGAGAACCCUAAUGCUAACCCUACUGCUCUUCAUCGGUAGAUCUAAGGGCAGUUCACGAGAAAAAACAACGCAGAAAAUACAUAAUGGCACAAUGGGUCGAUGCAUCUGCCUGUUAACCAGAAGGUUGAGCCUACCAAGGGACAGCUGUGGGCAAGAUUCCUGCAUUGCAGGGGGUUGCCAUAGAUGACCCUCAGGGUCCCACACAGCUCUACAAUUCUAUGUUAAAAACAGUAGCAAAGCAGUAACAAUUUUGGAACACAUUUAAUAGGCCAUCAGAUAUUAUGUUCAAUGAAAGAUUGCCCAGAUGGUAAUGAGAACCUUGAGCUGACAAGGAUGUCCCACCCUUGCGGUGUGAAAAGUUGUGGGUAUGGAAGGGGAGAUAAAGGCGGGACAGCACAUUGCCCUUUGUUUCCUGCAUUUGAGUGUCUGCUUUUAAAAGAAGCCGCUGGGCUUCUGAGUGAUCAGAGGGAGCCUGUCUGGAGUGAAACGCUUGUGUUCCUUUUCCUCCCCUUCCCAGGGCUCCUCUGCCAUGAUGCCAAGGCGCGGCCGGGGCAGAAGAGCCCAGCUGGCGACUUUUUCCCGGAGAGGCGUGGCCAUCCACCUCCAGGAGCCUCACUUUUCUGGCGCGCCGGAGGCCGGCGUUUCCCGGGAACCGUUCCCCGUCAUGGCUGCCCCAGCGGUUUCUUUGCAGCCGGCGAUGAAGGAGGAGGAGGAGCCCGGCCCGUCGACGACAACCGUGCACGACCUCUUCUCCUACCUGAAGGAGAAAGAAGACGAGGAUGACGAGGACGCGGCAGAGCUGGGUGCUUUCUCUCCGGCGGCGUCCAACCAGCUAGGGGCGAAGGAGCCCGGCCACCCCGAGGCUCAAGAGAUGCUCUCGUACCUCAAGAAGGAGGAGGACGACGACGGAGAGGAGGUCAUUGAGAGAGUGUCGUUCUCCCCGCCCCACAUCCUCCACCCGCAGUCUGCUCCUCCGGGGACCUACAUGCCCGCCGGCACCAUGGGCAGGGCGGGCAUCGAGAUGGUGCAUUUCUUCACCCCCAUGACGCACGUCUCGCCCUCUUCCCACCACCACCAUCACAAGCGCGGGCGCGAGAGGGAAGUGCUGGUGGUGGACGGCAUUCCCACGCACGCCCCGAAGAAAACCACCUCGGCCGUGUGGGAUUAUUUCACCCUGGAUCCCAGGGAGCCAUGCGUAGCUGUCUGCAGCACUUGCCAGAAGCGGGUGCGCAGGGGCAAGGACGGGGGCACCCGCCCUGGCACCACGGCCCUCCACAAACACCUGAAGGUGCACCACGGGCUGCACUUGCCGGGUGUCGCGGUGGUCCCUCCUUCGCCCCUGAUGCCCCUGAAGGAGAGGCCACACGGCCCGACCAUCGUGGUGACCGAGCCACCUGUCCCGGCCUUCCAGCCCGCGCGCCAGGAGAGGAACCAGCCAUACUACCCGCCGACGCACUCGGCAGCCAUCCAGCUGGCUUCUGAAACGGCCUGGAUGCUUGCCGUGGACAUGCAGCCCCCGUCAUACGUGGAAAGCGACGGGUUCCGCCGGCUGAUGGCCACCGCCCAGCCCCGCUGGAAAAUCCCUGGGCGCGCGUUCUUCGCCACGAAGGCUGUGCCCGAGCUGUCCAAAGUGGUGUCCCGAGCCGUCCGCCAAGCAGUGGUGGGCAGCGUGGGCCGUACGGUCCACAUCGCCAUAGACACAUGGUCGGGCCGGCAGACUGCCUCUUACAUGUCGGUGACGGGGCACUGGGUGGCCGAGUCGGCGGGCGUCCUCUCGCGGCAUCACGCCACCUUGUCGGUGUGUGCUUUCGAGGGGCCCUGCUCAGCCGAGGACAUCUGCCACAAGCUGAGGGAGGUGCUGCAAGACUGGCUCUACGACCUGAAGACCGGGGGCGUGGUCCUGGACGACGGGGCCAACACGGCAAAGGCCGUGCGCGAGCUGCGCCUCAAGUACGUCCCUUGCCUGGCGCGCUGCCUGAAGCUGGUGGUGAAGGCCUUCUUGGCGGCCGACGCCCACGUCGACCGGCUGCUGAAGACGUCCCGGAGGAUCUGCACCCGCUACAAGCGCUCAACGGUAGUCCGACGGCGCCUGCUAGAGGCACAGGCCAUACUGGGCUCGCACCGGCAGCCGGCGGGGCAAGAGCCUCCCCGGAGAUCCAACUCCACGCUGCGGAUGCUGGAGAGCCUCUACCGGGAGCGGCAAGCCGUCAGCGCCAUCUUCGAGCAAGACGAGGAGGCAGCCUUGCUCCACCUGACGCCGCCGGACUGGAAGGUGGUGAAGUGUUUGGUGGAGAUCCUCAAGCCCUUUGAGGAUGCUGCCACGCUGGUCACCCGCCCAGACGCCACACUCUGCCAGGCUCUCCCUCUGCUGUGGUUCCUGGAGGAGCAGCUGCGGGCCUUGAGGACCAGGUACUACCAGGAGAACAACAACACGGCGGCCCACCUCACCACACAGGCCCUGGACUGCCUGGCAGCCCAAAACCAGCUGAGUGAGAUGAAGGGCACCCUCAUCUGCCGGGUGGCCGCCUUCCUCGACCCCCGCUUCAGGGACAUCACCACCAUGAAGCUAGGCGGGGCUGACACGGGCGACGCAGCCAUGUUGAGGGAGCACAUCCUCGACUUGGCCACCAGGUCCUACGUACCUCCGGGGCCCGACGCCGACUUCUCCCCGAUGGGGCGCUCGUCCCCGCAGCAGCCCAGCGGCUCCAGCGGACCCCCCGGCUCGGCGGCGUGGCAGUUCACCAUGAAGCGCUGGCGGGCGAUUACCAAGAGUGACCCUGCCAUGGGCCUGGCGUCCGAGGGAGGGGCAGCGGCGGCCCUGCGGGAGAUGGAGGAGUAUCUCCACGACAACGUGGACCACAUUGGGGAGAACGCCGACCCCAUGCUGUACUGGCAGGGGAAGAUGGGGGUCUGGCCGGCCCUCUUCAAGGUGGCCCUGUUCCAUUUUGGGUGCCCGCCUACGUCGGUGCCCUCCGAAGACGUCUCCGGUGGUGCCGGUUUGUUGGCGGACAGGGGGCACCCCAAGGACCUUUCCCCGGCCAACGUGAAGAUGCUGACCUUCAUCCGAAAGAAUCGCCACCUCGUCCCGCAAGACUGGAGGCUCUCUCUGGGAGACCUGCCCUCCUCGCAAGGCGCCGUGGGGUCGAGGGAGGACUUGGAUCUGGAAGACGAGGAAGACCUUUUGGCGGCGGAUGAGGAACUGGAGGAAAAGCAGUGAGGAGCACAGCCAUGUGCUGAACCAUUCUCAGUAAGGGGGCAGCUUUCGUGGGCGUAGUUGCCUCGCAGAAAAGGAGGGAGGGUAGGAAUUAGUCCAAACCUGUUGUGAAUUUUGUCUGUUGUGUUUUAAAGUUAAGGACUUUGAUUGUUGUUGUUGUUGUCGUGAGAAGUAUUGGACGACGGAGCCGCUUCCUCUGCAGGCGGGACUCCCCCGCUGGACCUGUUUGAAGAUGAAAGACUUGCUGUGCAUUAGAGCAGGAUCUUGCCUUGUGUGGCCCACUGAGGCGAAUGCAACCCGCCAGGUGCUAUGGUUGGCCCAGCAGUUCCUCGGCAAACCUCCAGUCAGUUACAUCAGACUGCAGGAGCAAAAAGGUUGCCAAGCACAGUUGCAAAGCUUUGAGCAGCCCUCCAUUGUGUAACCAAGGAGUAGUCAACCUUUUUAUACCUACCGUCCAGUAAUGCAUCUUUCUUGAUGGUAAAAUUUCCUUACUGCCCACGAGUGCUCGAUGGAAGUAGGAUUCAGCUUGUGCUGUAGAACCCCCUACCGCCCACCUAGAAUCCUGAAACGCCAACAAGUGGCUGGUAGGGACCAGGUUGACAACCCCUGGUGUAGCCAGUUUUGUGAAUGAAGCCGGAAUGUGCUGCCCGUAGUUGUAGAAAUCCCCUUUUAACAAUGAUGCUGUGCAUUGAUUCUGUCUUUAGAAAUGGUGCUAACGUGGGGGGUGGGGGUGGACUUUAAAGAAAACAAGUACUUGCCAUUUUCAAAACUUUUAGACUCAUUUUAACUGGAUGUUUCGAAGCACUUGUUUUUAAAAUCCUAACUGCUCUCCCGAGUCACUAACAUGAAAUAAGAUCAAAACGAAACAAGCUACCCAAAUAAAAACAUUCCUUCGAGCAG